CUGUUCGGUGUUGCUUUUGUUUUCUCCCUUCUCGAAGAGAUUCGGUCGUUUAUCUUUCCCCAAGUUGCCACAGAUCUAUUUCUAGAUCGUUUCUUUCCAUUGGGAAGCAAGAGUGCAAGAUUACAGAGAUGCGCCUUCACUUAUUUUUGUUUUCAGUUCAUUCAUCUUUACUUUUCCUAGUUUAAGAGGUGCUCUUGCUAUUCCAUAGUUUUUUUUCCUAAUUUCUUUCUGGGUCUUGCAUAAAAUGAUUUAUAUUGAUUGGAAAGGUGUUAUUGCUAUUGGGCCUUGGAUAGAAUGAUUUAUAUUUGAUUGGGAACACGUAAACUUUAUUCUGAAAGAUCGUCUGCCCGUUCGGACAUGAUAAUAGAGGUUCCUUGGAAGUUCUGAUGGGAUGUUUUAAAGCCUUUAACCCCUGAUCGGAAAUUUUGUAGGGAUCACGUUGAAUGGUGGGUACUGAUGCUAUUAUCCAUGCAAACAGCAGAGUGGGGGACAAGCUGAAGUUGUGUGCUUGGCUUUAUAAUAGAAUCCGAAUCUCUUUCCAGUGACAAAGAGAUCUUAUGCACAAUGAACUGCAAGUUCAGAUUAUUACUUUGAAGUGAGAUCUUAUCCAAGUUGCAGCAUGAGUUGGACCCGAGAAGUGAUUUCUUACUUGGAAGUGUCAUUAGUAAAAGAAUGAGCUUGAGACAAAGGUUCCCUCGAUCAAACUCUCGAUGCACUAUGAGAAUUGUUUCAACCAAUCUGGCAGUGAAGCUUUCCCAUCUUGGCAAUUGUAGAAGGGGAUGAAGAAAACCAUGUAUUUGAUGGCAUUCACAUACUUGUAACUUGAGAUUUUGGUGCAUGUAAAGAUGAAAGGAGGUUUUCAUGGGUUGAGGGCUAAACAACUUUCUCUCAGUCUCAUUGCUUUGGUUUGCACAUUCGUUUUUAUUUGGGCAUGGGAGAAAACCCCGCUUCUUACCUCAUUGCUCCCACCUCAAAGCCGGUUCUCGAUGCCUUCUUCAGAGAUUCUCUUCGGUGCACCUGUGGUGAAGGAAAUGUCUUCAAAUCCAGGUAUUUAUGUGAAGGAAGAAUCAUCAAAUGCGGUAGCACCUAUGAGGUCUGCAAACACGAGCUCUUCCAAAAAGAGUAUAACUGAUAACAAUUCAACACCACCCCCUAUGGAGAAGGAAGAAAUUUCACCAACUGCAUUGGGGAAAUGGGGGGCAGCACCUAAACCAGGCCCGAAAGGAGAAAAAGGACCAAAAAAAGUAGAACAAGAUGCCAACAGAAUAGCAAUGAUGGAUUCUGAAACCAAUAACUCCUUUGUGAAGGGAAAAGGUGAUGCAGAUGAACCAACUCUUGUAAAGGAGAAAGUCUGUAAUUAUGCAAAAGGAAAAUGGGUUGCAGAUGAUAGAAGACCACUAUAUUCUGGAUUUGGUUGUAAGCAGUGGCUUUCAGGGAUGUGGGCAUGUAGGUUGACCCAGCGCACAGAUUUUUCCUAUGAAAGCUUUCGAUGGCAGCCAGAAAAUUGUGAGAUGCCAGACUUUGAAGGGUCUAAAUUUUUGAGAAGGAUGCAGAACAAGACUGUAGCUUUUGUUGGGGAUUCAUUGGGCAGGCAGCAGUUCCAAUCACUAAUGUGUAUGGUGACAGGUGGCGAAGAGUCACCAGAUGUCUUAGAUGUUGGAAGUGAAUAUGGUCUUGUCAAAAAUCCUGGUGCUGUGCGGCCUGAUGGUUGGGCAUAUAGGUUCCUGAAUACCAAUACUACUAUUCUUUAUUACUGGUCUGCAAGCCUUUGUGACUUGGAGCCUCUUAAUAUCACAGACCCAGCCACAGAUUAUGCCAUGCACCUUGAUCGUCCAGCAGCAUUCUUGCGCCACUACCUUCACAGGUUUGAUGUCCUGGUCCUCAAUACAGGACAUCAUUGGAACAGAGGAAAACUUAAAGCAAACCGGUGGGUAAUGCAUGUUGGAGGCGUGCCCAAUACCAAUAGGAAGCUUGCUGAUAUUGCAAGUGCCAAGAAUUUCACUAUCUAUAGUGUUGUCAAGUGGCUAGACUUGCAGCUUCCGAAACAUCCACAACUUAGAGCCUUCUUCAGGGCUAUCUCACCGAGGCAUUUCUUUAAUGGGGAGUGGAAUUCAGGGGGAAGCUGUGAUAAUACCACUCCGUUGACUGGAGGAAAGGAGGUUCUGCAAGAUAAUUCAAGUGAUCCUGUUGCUGAAGGAGCUGUGAAGGGCACAGAUGUGAAGUUCUUAGAUAUAACUGCUCUGUCCCAGUUGAGAGAUGAGGGACACAUAUCCCGGUACAGCAUUAAAGCCACACCGGGUGUCCAGGAUUGCUUGCAUUGGUGUUUACCAGGCAUUCCUGAUACAUGGAAUGAGAUCCUUUAUGCACAGCUCUAGACUGUAUUUUGCCACUGGUUAAUCAAGUCUUACGAGAAAGAAUAUUAACUGCCUAGAUUGAGGAACAUCUUAAUUCUGAGGACCCAUUGCCAAAAGCAACAGACUGACUGAGCAUCCAUAUAAUCUAUCCUGAAAGGCAGUGCAAAAACAGGGUUUGGUGCUGAUUGAUCAGAGUCUCACUUGCUCAUCUCCCUCAAAGUGUGAGCUGCUGAAAUUACUUACGGAGCAUCUUGGAACCAACUGGAAUGAAAUGGUGUCUUUGUUUCCAUUGCAUGUAAAAGCACAAGAUUACCUUCUAAACUGGAGUCAUUUUUUUCCUAGGAAAAAAUAUGUUCAAGUUUGUUUUAGGGUCUCGAUAAAUUAAGGGAAUCCGAUGUUUCCUUUGUAACUAGAGAUGACUUCAUUUUUUAUUAGGAUAUUGUGGUUCAGAUGUUAUUGAAAAGUGAAAAGCAAACCGGAUGAGUCAUCUAAAUGUGCAAUCAAGAUUUAAGUUCUUUUUC